AUGAUUACUGCUCGUGACAGAGAAAAGGCGGCUCCUGUUAGAGCGUUGCAAAUACCUUUUCGACUACUCGACUUGCCGGUUGACAUCGUGGGCGGCAUCUUCGAUUAUCUUGAGGAUGAAGAACUUAUCCGUAUACGCUACGUAUGUCGAGCGCUCAACGCCAAUUCGGCAAAUGCCUUUGGACGACGCUUUUUCCGUCACCUCAUCGUCAUCCUGCACCCUACCAGUCUUACCAUACUAUUUGAAAUCUGCCAUCAUCCUGUAUUAUCCAAGUAUGUCCGUCAGAUCACCGUAAGCGGCGAACGCGUUGGACACAGCAUAUAUAAGAAUGCCAAAGAAGAAAGAAUCCAAAAAGAUCUCCAAGUCAGUGUUCAGCGCUCCGGCAUGGAUUCGUCGAUCCUCAAACAGGUAUUCCGCAAGCUUGAAAACCUAGAGAUUGUUCAAAUCGAUGUGACGAGUUUCCAUUAUCACGUCCCCGAGCCCGACGACGAUGGUAUCCGGUGCGGACAAACUCAUAUACUUUCAAAAAAGGCACGGGCGCAACGCAGGCCAACAAGGAGGCGUGGAGACAGUGGCGUAAAUCGAGUAUACGACUUGGUUCUGCAGACUCUUCAGGAAGCCGAUUUACACGACAGGAUAGGGCUGGGUUUCCAAUUCUGGAACGCAGAGUAUUCCAACGACGACAGGAUCACAUUUUUCGACCUCGACUCCGCAGUCUGGAAAAAACAUUUCUCAAAAGGAGUACUUCAGGUUUCGGUCUGCGGUCAAGUCAGUUAUACAUGGCUUCAAAAGUUGCUCAGCAUGGCCUCAGAUUUGCGCAAGUUCGAGUGUCACGGCGACAAUACUUUCUUAGAGCUAUCUUACCAGCCAGCUGGAUCAUUCCAAUUCCACUGGCCUGGCUUCUCGCAUAUUCAUCUCGAAGAUAUGUUUCUUUCACACAAUGAGUGGACAAACUUCCUACGACUACAUGCUGCGACUUUGAAACAUAUAUCAUGCUCAUCCAUAGGCUUUCCGCAAGGAGAUUGGAUCGAACCAUUACAGAUCAUCGAGACAAUGCCUCGGAUUGAACGUGCUGAGUUUCGCUUCUUCAUGAAGAAAAACACUGCCAGUCCGACUAUGAUGCCCAGCGCUAUUCCUCCACCGACUGCCGCCCCCACUAUUGCGCCUGUCGACGGGCCCGAGGAGGCUGGGGGAGGUGGGGAUGGCGACGGCGACGUUGUGGAACUAGGCGUAGAUGUUGUAGACGGCGAGGGACCGAUGGCACCAGCGUCACAGAAGUCGAUGCUGUAG